CCUCGCCUUGUCCUCACACCCCGACCAACCUCAGCAGCCACAAUAUAACAACACAUGCUGCACAAGAACCCCAAGCCAUCACAUGCUUUGAUCCCUCCCCAUUCCUCAUCCUCCUCCUCCUCUUAAUCCUCUCCCAGCGAGCUUCUUGGAGCAGAGCCAAGAUCGCCGAGCACUCCCAGCUCUUGCACACAGCACACCCAUUCACCCAACCAAGAUCGUGUCGCCGUUUCUUGGCACGGAAAGCUUCGAUCUUGCUUCAUUUCCUCGAGGGGGCACUAUGUUGACGAUGGGGUACUUCCGGGCACCCAAGCUGGGCGGGAGGAAGUCGUCGUCGCCGGAGAGGGACGGCCAGAGCCUGCGUUCGGCGCUGCUCGUCGACGGCGAGACGGCGUCGGUGCCCAAGGGGUACUUCGCGGUGUAUGUGGGAGCGGAGGCGCGGCGCUUCGUGGUGCCCAUGAGCCUCCUCUGCCAGCCGGCGUUCCGGGCGCUCAUGGAGCUUGCCGCCGAGGAGUUCGGGUUCGGCCAGGCCGGCGGGCUCCGCAUCCCAUGCCGCGAGGAGGACUUCGUCGCCACCGUCGCCGAGCUCCUGCCCGCGGCCGAGUCCAGGCAGCGCCGCUGGAGCGCGGCCGGGGGCAGGCGGAGCACCUCGGUGAACUGGUGAUCGAGCUAGGCCUAGCUGUCGCCGUGGGACCGGUCACGUAUGGUGGCAGGGGAAGAAGCAUUUUUGUUGCCUUAAUUGUUUGGAUGAGUACCAUGACGCCCAUCCAACCGAUAGCGUAUAACCAUUGGUAUUGGUUCUGGUUUUUGGUUCCACACAUGAUGAUUUGUCUGUGGUUGAGCAGUAGAUAGAUGUUAUUUUCGAGUCUGGAACAAAUAUGUUUUGUAAGGGCUCUGAGUUCUGACGGAUGAAGGAUGAAGGAUGAUCUGAUUUUUGGGUUCAUAAAAACGAUUAUUUUUGGUUUUUUGUUUCACACAUGAUGAUUUGUGUGUGGUGGAGCAGUAGAUAGAUAUUGUGCCUCCUGUUUGGAAUAAUUAUGUUCUUGUAAGGGCUCUGAAAUUAACGGAUGAAUGAUGAUUUGAUUUAAUAUGAAGAUGAUUGAUUAAUUA